UAGCACGGUGCCGUCUCUUUCUUGUGGCGUGUUGUCCAGGCGAAGCUUCACUUUUGUUGAAUAAAGUUGGGCAUGAGCUUUCUUUGAAAUCUGAGGGAGUUUGCAACGAGCUAUUUGUGGUUUAAGUACAGCAUUGUUAUCGGACGGAAGCAGGAGACAAAUUUGGAGAAAGUGGUCCACGUUAGACAAGCACUGCUCUGACAUCGCGUUGCGUAAGCAUCUAAUAAUACGAGCGGAACCCAUGUGCUUUGUUGAAACAGACGAGCAAAGGAGGGCGUGAAGAAGUAGUCCCUUUCUCUCUUAAGUGAAAAGGAGAUUGGUAACAACCAACUGAAGACUCAUCUUUGUGACUGGAUGAAAAAGCUGGGGAAUGGCGGUCAACGUGUAUUCUACCUCAAUAACCCAGGAGACGAUGAGCAGACAUGAUAUCAUUGCCUGGGUCAAUGACAUUCUCUGUUUAGCGUACACAAAAGUCGAACAGCUUUCUUCAGGUGCAGCUUACUGUCAGUUUAUGGAUAUGCUGUUCCCUGGCUGUAUCAGCCUGAAGAAAGUAAAAUUCCAAGCUAAGCUAGAACAUGAAUACAUUCACAAUUUUAAGCUCCUUCAAGCUUCAUUUAAAAGGAUGAAUGUGGACAAGAUCAUCCCAGUUGAAAAGUUAGUAAAAGGGAGGUUUCAGGACAAUUUGGAUUUUAUCCAAUGGUUCAAGAAAUUUUUUGAUGCAAACUACGAUGGUAAGGAGUAUGAUCCCGUUGAAGCGAGACAAGGUCAAGAUGCAAUCCCUCCCCCAGACCCUGGAGAACAGAUUUUUAAUCUUCCAAAGAAGUCCCAUCAUGCAAACUCGCCGACAGCAGGCGCUGCUAAGUCUAGUCCAGCAUCAAAACCCACAACACCUUCAUCCAGACCUUCAUCUGCUAAAAAGAUACCAGCAACUGCACCACCAGCAAAAGGAGAAAAAGAACUGGAGGCUCAGGUCACUCAAUUAAACGAACAGGUGAAUUCAUUAAAAAUUGCACUUGAGGGUGUGGAAAAGGAGCGGGAUUUCUAUUUUGGAAAACUUCGAGAAAUUGAGUUACUUUGUCAGGACCAGGGACAAGAGAGUGCCCAGUUUGUGGAGCGUUUAAUGGAAGUUCUUUAUGCAGCAGAAGACCAGGAAGGACAUGCUGAACCUCAAGAUGACCAGGAGGAGCAGGUCCAUGAAGAAGCUCAGCAGCAGGAGGAGUACUGAGCUAAACCACUGGCACCCACAGUAUUCAUUUUGUCAGGACCUUUUUUUUUUUUUUUAAUUUGCUUUUACUCCUGAAGAAGUGAGCACAUGUGGCCUCGAACGAGUGGCUUCAGGCUCACUUUGGAGUAUUUAUGCAGUAGCAAAUGUACAGUAACUGAAACACUUCUAGCUUCCAUCUUUUUAGCAGGACAGUUACUGCUCCCUCUUAUUAUUUUUUUCUCCUCUUUCCUGGUCAAGUCACUUAAUUUUUCAAUAAAUAAUGGGCAUGGGGCAGAACAGGGGAAGCUUUGGGGUUUGUUUAACGGUUCUUAAGGCUAUCACAAUAGAAAUGGCCUAACCUACACUUGCCAAAACAUGGAGGUUAUCGAUUUGGCUACCAUAUCAAAACAUUGCCUAGAAUACUUUUUGGGCUCCGUGUUUUCUUCCUGAUAUUUAAAAGGUACGUAGGAGCUCUGGUUUAAGAAAAAAAAA